AUGAGGAAUUUGGCUCAAUUGACUCCCUUGAGAGUCUCGGGGCUUUGUGUUGAAGCCUCGUUAAGACCAGUAUAUCUACAUCAUGUUGGACAUGCCAGAGGGCAAGUAUCAACCCAAUCCCAUCAAAGAUAUACAACUCGCUCGUUCUCAUCUCAGCCAAACAACUCCGAGACAAAUUAUAAAUUUGAACCCGGCAGAAGAUUGGCCGGCCGAAAAUGCUUGAUUACAGGUGGCACAUCAGGCAUUGGCUUCGCUAUUGCCGAAAGAUUCCUACAGGAAGGGGCAUCAACAAUAGUCCUAGUAAGUCGCUCCCAAAAGCGCUUAGAGGAAGCAGCAUCAAGACUUGCUCCAUUUGUGAAAAGGUCUUCUAUCGUGGAAGAAAACAAUGGUGAAGUUGCUACUCGCGCCCCGGAAGAAGACCGCCAGCAAGAUACCAAAGGGAACAUCCGCUUGUUGGUUGGCGACGUCUCCAACACCGGGUCAUGGAUGCGUGAACUCGAAAAAGAGAUGGCAAAUGUAGAUAUCCUGGUCAACGCAGCCGGAAUCUCGAUAUCAAACAUCCUCCCAAGAUCCGAGCUGGAAGAUAUUUCGACGAUCCUGCGCACGAAUCUCGAAGGCGCCAUGCUGACCUCGCGAGCCUUAAUGCGAGCCUCGAUCCGCAGUCGUAUUCGCAACAGGAAUGAUGCCGCUGCUGGCCAGAAGCUCCCAUCGAAAUGCAUUAUCAAUGUCUCCUCCCUGCUCGCCCUCAAAGGAGGAACUGGAGCUGUUCCCUACGCUGCUUCUAAGGCUGGUCUUUUGGGCCUUACGCGGUCAUUGGCUGCUGAGGUAUCUGCCUCAAUGAAAGAUAUUAUCAUUCGAUCAAACGCCAUCGUGCCAGGGUAUAUUGAGACACCCAUGGUUGCAGACUUCACGCCUGGUGAAACAGAAAGAUUGAAGUCUCUCAUUCCUCUUCAUAGAUUUGGGGAUCCACGUGAAAUUGCAGACGCAGCUGUCUUCUUGGCGCAGAACGAGUAUGCCAAUAAUUGUGUACUGAAUCUCGAUGGCGGGUUGAGUGCCGUUUAG